GCGUCCACCUAUAAAAUGUUAUUUGCGCAGUGAGGAGAGACGCCUUCGAGAUCUUACGCAAGGAGCAGAAAUGGCGGUCCCGUUGCUAACGAAGAAGGUCGUGAAGAAGAGGUCUGCCAAAUUCAUCAGGCCCCAGAGUGAUCGCAGAAUCACCGUCAAGGAAAGCUGGAGGAGGCCAAAGGGUAUUGAUUCCAGGGUGAGGAGGAAGUUCAAAGGUGUCACCUUGAUGCCCAAUGUUGGUUACGGUUCUGACAAGAAGACCCGUCACUAUCUCCCCAACGGCUUCAAGAAGUUCGUUGUUCACAACUCUGCUGAUCUCGAGUUACUCAUGAUGCACAACAGGACUUACUGUGCGGAGAUUGCUCACAAUGUAUCAACAAAGAAGAGGAAAGCCAUCGUGGAGAGAGCUUCCCAGCUUGACAUCGUCGUUACCAACAGGCUUGCUAGGUUGCGUAGCCAGGAAGACGAGUGAUAGAUGAAAGCCCUAUGUUUCUUUUAUCUGUCAUUAUUGGCAAUUUCUCAGUUUAUCAUAACUUCACCAUGCGGAUUACUGAAUGUUUUUUUUUAUCGUCGUUUCUGGUUUUAAUAUAUGACCAAUUCAGAAUCUUUUCGUACAUUCGACAAAGUAUUAUACACAGCGGGUUUUCCUUA